UGCAGUGAUAAGAGCUGUAUCUUAGGGUUUCUUGGCACCAGCCUUUACUUAAGCUGCCAAUCUGAGACAUUCUGGAUUUGAAUUUAGUACAUUGGAUUGGGGGAAGAGAAGUUGCAGAUGGAGCAAAGAAGCAAAGGCAGUACGGCAGUGCCAAAUCUCCCGCUGGAUGUUAUCAUGAUCAUACUUUACAGACUUCCCGUCAAGUGUCUUCUACGUUUCAGGUGUGUUUGUAAAUCCUGGCGCAAUUUGAUUAGUGAACCAAGUUUUGUUGAGAUGCACCUCAGACGAUCAAUUGAGAAUAACCUUAAUCUUAUCAUUUCAAAGGAUUUUUUCCAUUUUUACUCCAUAGAUUAUAAUGUAUGUGAAGAUGAAAAGAGGGCUGUAAAGCUUAAUGAAACUCAGUUGCCAAAUUUCAUGAGAGUUUGUUCUUGCAAUGGACUGUUGUGCUUAUCUAAUCGGGAUAAUGCAUUUUUGUGGAAUCCUUCCACCAGAGAGGUCAAGCAAUUGCCAGAUUGCCCAGUUAAAUUUCAGAGUGGCAUUUAUUACAGUUGGGGAAUUGGUUAUGAUCCGAAGGCUAAUGAAUACAAGGUGAUAAGGAUUGCGAACAUUUACAAGAGUGAAUUACAUCUGUUUCCUCAUCAAACUGAAGUCAUGAUUUGCACAUUAGGUACUGAUUUAUGGAGAAGUCUGGAAAAUAUCCCUUGGUUCAUUGAUUCUAGAGUUUCAGCGAUGGUUGUGGGUGGUGUUCCUCAUUGGUUGGCAACAAAAAGGGGUUCUUGUAUCAAACAAAGCAUCAUUUCCUUUGAUGUUAGGGUUGAAGAGUUCCGGGAGGUUCAAUGGCCUAUGAAUAACUGCAAUGGGCAGCAAUUCUGUCUCCUUUCUCGAAUUUAUUUGGGUGUAAUCAGAGGAUGCCUCUCUAUACUUUCUCGUGGUUUUGGUGAAUGUCUUGAGAUAUAUGUUAUGAAGGAGUAUGGGAUUAGGGAAUCUUGGACUAAAGAGUUUAAAUUUAGGCUACCAAUAGAAUAUAGGGAUGUACUAUACUCUAUGUCGUUUGGAUUUUUAAAGAAUGGUGAAGUUCUACUGCUCCAGAGUUUUCGUACAAAGCUACUUUUGUAUAACCCAGAAAAUGAUAAGGUUAGUGAUGUUUCAGUUCGAGGUUAUCGUGACUGGGCUAUAUUGGGUUCUUAUGCUGAGAGUCUUGUUUCACUUGAGUCUAAAAAUGGUAUUGAGGAACCUCAGCAAGUGUAAUUGUGGCAAUGAAGAGGCAAAUAGGAGCAAGAGGAGUAGAUUGUAGGCAAAGACCAGGGUACUUCUCCAAGGGCUUGAAGGAGCAAGGUUAUUGUGGGUAUGAAUAUAUAGAGAUAGGAACAAAUUUUAAGGGAGCAUGCUGUUUUUCAAUCGCAAGAAUCCUAAUUUAUGGCUGUGGGAAAUAUUUCACAUUUUAAACAAGAUGGAUGUGUUGUUUAAGUACUUUAAGUCAGUAGUUUGGCAGGUUUGUAUAUAUGACUAUAAAUUAUGUUACUUGUAUAGCUGAGAAGACCAAGAAUGAUCGAUUUUGGAUCUAACUAUGGAUGAUGUAGGGGAUAUUAUUUCGAGGCUUUUCUAAUGAAUUGUUUCUUUUCUGUUAUCAAAAGGAAAAAAAAAAAAAGAGUCUAAGUCUGGUUGGCAUUGACAAAAUCUUGAUCAGUAAGUUAGUUUCUGGUUGAAAGAAGUUUAUUGGAUUAUAGUGCUGUUCAUCACUUCUCUAAAUUGGGGGGGGGGGUACUUGAAUUCUAAGUUUGAUUGCAAUCCUAUACAUGGUGUUGUGUUCAGAAAGAAGUGAAAAUACAUUUAAAGAAUUUAUUAUAGACCUUACCCAUUGAUCGUGAAAAUACUAUAAACAAGACUGGUGAAAAAAAAAAUUUGUAACCUUAUUUUUUGACCAUUUAGUGUUACACACUUUUUCUUUCUAUAAAGGUGAAAUUCUAUCAUUGCACAAGAGCUUUUAAGAAUGAUAUUGACAUGUUAAUAUAUAAUCACCUUCAGAUUAUUUUGAAAAUUUUUACUCUUAUUUUGGCUCCAUUUGUUUGCAAAGGUACUUAAAGGGAAGGGAAGUGAAAUUUUUAUAUUUAAAAAGAAAUGUUUGUAAUCAUUAUCCAAUGUGACUAUAUCAUUAACUUCCGCAUUUCAUAUUUGGUUAUUACAUUUCACUUUAUCAAGGAAGCCCCUUCACCUUAUCAAGGAAUGUCUUGAUAAAGCCUAUGCCUCUAUCCAUUGGCUCUCUCUUUUCCUCAAUGCAUACAUCACCAAACUCCCUCCACUAGCUUGGAUCACACAAUCUUAUUAUCUUCCAUACUACAUCCUCUAGAAAUAUUUACAAGAAACUUUUUCACUACAAACAUGCUUGGAGCUUCCAUCUUGAUUUCUCUUCUUUCUGUUGGGAACAUUGGAAUUCUUUGGGUUAUGGUAACAUUAUGACUAAAAUCAGUUACUUUAGCAGACUAUUGGGGAAUUGGAAUCGAAAUGUCUUCGGCACAUUGAAUUUAAAAGUCCAUUACUUCAACUCUGUACUCAAAUUGGAAAACUAUAUCUGUAGUUUUCAUCGAUCUCUCGAACCUCUCUAUCAGAUUGGAAUGGAUCCUUGAUAUUGAAGAAAAAAAUUUGCUACACAGUGUGUCCAAAGUCAAUGCCAGAAAAAAAGGAAAAUUGAGUUAAUUUUUCCUUCUCAGGAGAGAAACGAUUUGACCUUUUUAAUUUACUUUCUUUCUAACCUCUUCUCAACCUCCAAUCCCUUUGAUCCCGCUUUCAUUGAAUGCCUCCCCUCCCAUAACUUAGACCCUAACCCUCUCUCUCCAUCCCUUCUUCUGAGAAAAUCCAUUGGUGCUUUCAAAGCCCCUAGACCGGAUGGCUUCUAAGCCAUCUUCUUUCAACAUUUUGAGAUUUAAUUAGCUUUGAUAUUUGCAACCUUGUCUUCUCUUUCUUCUGUGAUCUCCCCCUUCCCUCGGACAUUAAUCAUACCUUGAUUUGCCUGAUACCUAAAAAAUAUAAUGCCUCAUAAGUGGGAGAUUUUUGACCUAUUAGCCUUUGCAAUUUUACUUACAAAUCUAUUGUAAAAAUCAUGGAAAAUAGGUUUAAAACUCAUCUCCAUAAAUUUAUUUUCCCUUUCUAGGCUACCUUUAUUAAUUUUUUUCCACUAUCUUCGAAGGAAAAAAAAGUAAGACUAGGUAUGUGGCCAUCAAAUUGGAUACGGCCAAGGCUUAUGAUAAAUUGGAAUUAGGUUCCUUCGUACUGUAUUUGACUAUCUGGGUUUUCGUGUUGGAUGGGAAGACCUUAUUUGUCAUUUAAUCAGUUCCUCUUCCUUCUCUAUUAAAUUGCAUGAGACGGCUUUUAUUUUUUUGAACCUUCUUGUGGCAUUAGACAAGGUUGUCCUUUGAGUCCUUGUCUUUUUAUUGUGGCUAUGGAAGGUCUCUCCCGUCCCCUUACUGCCUAUAGAAACUGAACCUGUUCAAAAGUAUCAAGAUCUCAAGAUAUGCCCUUGAGAUUUCUCACAUUUUCUUUGCUGGUGAUACCUUUAUCUUUUGCAGAGCCACCCCUGAUGAUUUUGCUACCAUCAGUUGUAUUCUUGAUUUAUUCUUUGAUCUAUUUGGUUUAACUAUCAUCCUUGAUAAAGUAGCAUUGCCUUCAACUCUAAUGUGAAUAGUGAGACCAGAAAGAGAUUAUGCCAAACCAUUGGAAUCAAAGAAAUGAAUUUUGAUUCUUCCUAUCUUGGUACUACUCUUUUCCACCACAAAGCCAAAACCCGAUCUUUCAACUCCAUCAUCUCCAAAGUGGAAGUAAACUGGCCACUUGGAAAGCUAACUUACUAUCAUUUGCUGGCCAAACCAUCUUGGUCCAAUCAACUCUUUCUUCAAUUCCUUUCUACAUGAUGUCAUGUUUGGCUUUACCCAUGGUGAUUGGCAGGAAAUUAGACUUCAUCUACCUACACUUUUGGAACGGUGACUUCGAUAAAUCUAGAAAACUUCAUCUCAUUGGUUAGCACAAAAUCUACUCACCCAAAUCUUGUGGUGGCCUUGAGAUCUGUAACUCUAAGACGCAUAACAAAGCCCUUCUUCUUAAGCUUGGUCGGCGUCUCCUUACUAAUGAACACUCUUCAUGGGCUCAAAUUCUUAAAGACAAGUAUUUCCAUAAUAAUUCUAUCUUUGAUCAAAAGACAUUGGGCAAGAGAGGAUCAUUAUGCUGGAAUAGUAUUAUAGGCAUUCUCCCUAUUCUUCAAAAAAUGGUCUUGAAAAAAAUAGGUAAUGAGAAUGAUACUCUCUUUUGGAAUGAUCUAUUCCCUCUUUAUCUAAUAUUGGUCCUGUUGCAGCUCAUAAUUCGUCAUCAUUUCUAAUAAAGGUAAAUGACUUAUGAACUCUAGGUAAAUUUUGUUCUCCCUACUCAUGUAACUAAUAAAUCUUACAAAUUCCUAUUUCCAAUUGUCUUGAUAGAUGGUGGUGCCACCUCUUAAAGGAAGGGCUCUAUCUACUAAGAUAGCUGCCACUUUUCUCAUAACUAAUUUAUAUACUAACAAUAGUGGGUGCUCAAACAAGUGUACUUGUUCCUAC